AUGAAUAGCAACAGCACGCCUUUCCAGGUCUACCACUCAUGGCCCUCUCAAAAGUCCGAGUGUAAACAGUUUGACGACUUCUGCUGGAUCGACCUGGCCCACGUGGUCAUGCUGGUCGAGCAGAAGACGGUUGACAGGGCCGUUGGUCAGAAGCUGCUACCCGCCCUGCAAGAGAUCCGAGCACAGGGCUAUAACAGACUCCCCAUCGAUCCGUUCAAGGAGAGCCUCCUGUACCAGGUCGAGUCCGCCCUCGGCCAGAAGCUCGGGGACCACGUCGCCGGGGCGCUGCACACGGCACGCAGCCGCAUCGACCAGCGCGCCACCGUCAGUCGCAUGUACUACCGAAGGAUGCUGCUGCAAGUCAUGGACCACAUCUGCCAGUUCCAGGAGCGCAUCGUCGAGGCCGCGCAGGAGCACGCAUCCCAGAUCAUCCCCUACCACACCCACAUGCAGCAGGCCCAACCCGGCAACUUCGCCCACUACCUGCUCUCCUUCGCCGCCAAGCUGCAGGAGGACUUUGAGCGGUGCCAGGAGGCCUACGCACGCGUCAACCGCAGCCCCCUGGGUACCGUCGGCCGCAGCGGAACCGGCCUGCGCAUCGACCGCGAGCGCACCGCGCGGCUGCUGGGCUUCGACGGCUGCGUGCGGCACUCGCUGCUGGGCAAGGACGCCGACUUUGCCGGCGACGUGCUCGCGGCGCUCUCCUUCGUCAUGUGCCACCUCAACGACUUCGCCACCGACCUGCACCUCUGGUCCUCCAACGAGUUUGGCUUCGUGCGUCUGCCCGACGCCUUUUGCGGCACCAGCAGCGUCUUCCCGCAGAAGCGCAACCCGGUCACCCUCGAGGCCAUCAAGCUGGCCGCCGGGCCGAGCGUCGCCUGGCUGACCUCUGCGCUGGCCACUUUCCGUGGCGCGGGGACCGGUGAUCACCGCGCGCGCGGCGUCCCCGCGCACCUGGACCACGCGCUCGAGACUACCGCGGACAUGCUGGCGCUCGCGGGGCUGGUCGCCGCGGCGGUGCGCGUCGACGAGGAGCGAGUCGCGGAGGUGCUCGCGGCCAGCUGGUCGACGACGAGCAACCUGGCCGACUUCCUGAUGCAGCACCGAGGCCUGAGCAUCCGCCAGGCGCACGGCGUGGUGGCGCGCCUGGUGCGCGCGUGUCGCGAGGAGGGGCUCGAGAGGGUGCAGGUCACGCCGGCGAUGCUCGAGGAGGCGAGCCUGGUCUCGCUGGGGGAGCCCGUCCAGGUGAGCGAGGAGGAGCUGCACGAGGCGCUGGACCCGGAGAGCUUCGUCAAGACGCGCACCAGCGCCGGCAGCGUUGGCCCGGCCGAGGUUGAGGGCCUCACGGAGCUGGCGCAGGACAUGCUCUCGGACAAUCGGCGCUGGGUGAUGGAAUGCCGCAGCAAGCAUUUGAGAGCGGAGACGAUGCUCACCGAGGCCAUUUCAGCUGUGCUGAAGGAUUGA